AAGUCGAAGUCUUCUAACGCUAACUUGUGGUGGAUUUCACAGCCAAAUCCUUCCAGCAUGAGUACAAGCACACUAUUAGAGGUAUUUGGUCACAUGGUGGUCAGUUUUACGAAAGGCGUGAUAGCGUUUUACAACCCAGAUGAACCAGAGUUCACGUCAGAGUCCUUGGGCUACAAUCCAUUAGAAAGUACAGGUCGAGAGUGGGACUAUCAUCCCUUGGAUGAGUUCAUUUAUCAAGAAUACAGCGAUAGAGGGCACACACCUGGCUCCUCUUAUAUACCGUCAAGAAAUAUUGCUGUAAGAGUUAUAGACGCUUGCUCACCCGAAGAAAAGGAAGAAACACGAGGUGAACAGCGAGGAGAUGACAGAGCAAUGGCUUGGAAGAGUUUCAGACCUUCCACUUGUCACACAAUUUGGAAAUCACUGUAUACUGGAACUUUGAUUUCAUUACUAACUGCAGCAAUCAUCGGCUCUCUAUUCUCGUCGUUCACUUAUCUCUCUUACGAAACUGUACUCGAUUGUCCGUUCCACUCCAUUGAGUCAAUUCCGUCACAGAUACAAUGGAUGAAAUGUAUAUCCGGGAUCUUAUCUUCUGCCUUUGUAUACAUGUGGUUCCCUGUGAGUAUGUUACUUCUAUUUCGUCCUUACCAGUUAAUCGGAGUGAAAAUGAAACUGGCGCUUGCUGCUUUCUCAGUGUAUUGCUUGGAUACCCUUUAUCGUGUUGGACUACAGGCCUUUGAAGUUUUACAGUCCAAGGCAUUCACAUCACCGAAACUUCCGCUCAACUUUCUGUUUCUUCUUAGUGUAUGUUUGCAAGUUUAUCUUGUAACGAGCCACUUCUCGGUCAGCCUUUCGAGGAGGCAACGAGUUUAUUUAUUCUUACAACUGAUUCUUCCAAGCUGUUUCAGUUACAUUGUUACUUUCAUUACAAUUUACACAAUUUACCCGGCAUACAAUAAACAAAAAAAUGAAGGUAAAUUACUGAUUGCCAUCCUCGCUCCUCUGGUUGGAUUUGUACUCAAAGUAAUUUGUAGGAUUUCUGUUCAGCGGCUAAGGAACGUUACACAUCCGGGAUAUUCAUACGUAUUACUGGCGCCGCUGUACUUCGGAUCAGCGAUUGUGUUUCGAGUUUUACAAGCAGAUCUAGACAGUUUGCGAUCUAUGGCUAUUCUUGGAAUAGUUCAUGGAAUUGCGGAGGUCUUAGAA